AUGAGUAAUUAUUCUAUUAGAAGUGAGUAUGCUUCGGCCCCAAAGUACAAAUUAAAUACAUGUUAUACUGGAAAAUCUUUUAGUUCAAUGUCCGUGGGACUAUUUUGUUACCUUUUUGAUGAAAAAAGUUUUUUAAAAAAUUACAAGUCUGCCUUCAAUAAAGGUGCUAAUAGACAUUUAUGUCAAAGAAGAAAUAGAAAUAUAUUAAUGCGUGGAGUUAUCAAAGAUUAUUCAAAUAAUAAUAGUACUGAAUUUUUUAAUGAAUGGAAAAAUAUAUAUGUUGUUCGUAAUCCUAUUUCAAGAUUUAUUAGUGGUUUUGUUCAGAUAUGUUUACUUAAAAUUGGCCUACCAGUUAACCAUCCAUUUUGUUUUAAUUGUAAAAGAAGUAUGAGUUGUUUUUUAAGUAAAUUAUACAACAAAAUUAUAAAAUUUAAAGGAAUGCGUAGUUCUCUUGAUCGUUUUUUAGUUUAUCAUUUUUUUCCUCAAAAAUGGCAAUGUGAAUAUUAUAAAUAUAAAGAUAAUUAUACAAUUAUACAUUAUGAAUCAAAUAAAACAAAAUUUUAUGACUCAUAUUUAGAAGAAUUAAAAACAAAUGGUGUACCAAGUUCAAAAUUAAUAUUUAUUAAAAAAUUACUUUACACAACUAAACCAAUUCAUAAAACUGAUGGAAAACAUAUUACAAAUAUUUAUACAAAUUAUUUGAAAAAAAGUCAUAAAUUAUUAAACUUAUUAGUAAGAAUUUUUUAUGAAGAUUUCAUUGAAUUUAAUUUUCCUCUACCAAAUAUUUUUUAA